AUGGAAAAUAUCCAUUCCGCUCUUUCCCUCACUGAUGAGGAAAGUUCAAUUCUCACUCUGCCUGACGUUGCUGCUCUGCAUCCGACAACAUCCCAGCCUGCUUUUGGACUUGUAGCAAGGGUCCUAACCACCCAGAAUGUCUACAAAUCGGGCUUCAUCAAUCAAAUUUCGGGGCACUGGCAGGGACAGUACCCUGUCACAAUCACUGAAUACAAAAAUGAAGAAGGUUUAUUCCACAUUUGCUUUGGAUGCGAGGGUGAUAUACGACGAGUACUCAGCAAAGAACCAUGGCACUUUCAAAACUACUUAAUUAUCCUUUUGGCACCAGAUGCUCUGCAAAAUGUCACAAAGGAUAAUAUGGUUUAUACUCCUUUUUGGGUGCAAAUAUAUCGUUUAACUUUCCUAAGUAAAUCAAGAUUCCUUGCUGAAGCGCUAGGGAAUAUCAUUGGAGAAUUUUUGGAAGUUCAUGAUGAUUCUACUAAUGAGGGCUGGGGUCCUUUUUUGCGGAUCCGAGUCAAACUUCUAGUAACUAAACCACUCAUGAGGGGCCUAAUGAUUAAACUUCUAAAAAUAAAGGAUGAAUUUUGGAUUGACUUUCGAUAUGAGCGGUUGCCUGAAUUUUGCUUUGAAUGUGGCUGUCUUGGCCAUCCUUUUUGA